AUGAACUUUCAAAAUGCAUGUCUACGCUCCUUCCAGUUGAUCUUUCGCGCUUCGCACCUUAGGACAAGGUCCAUCAACACUUCAGCAUCGCGAAAAUUUGAUAUUACAGAGUUUACCCCGGAUGUGAUACGCAAUUUCUCAAUAAUUGCUCAUAUAGAUCACGGCAAAUCGACAUUGGCCGAUAGGUUAUUGGAACUCACUGGAACGAUUGCAGCACAGCAAAUGGGCAAGAAUGAGCAGGUGUUAGACAAACUUAAGGUUGAGCGAGAGCGGGGCAUCACAGCUGAUGAGAACGCCAAUAGCAUGAUAUAUGAUCGCCAAGCCUCAAGAUACAUGCUUAAUCUCAUCGACACUCCUGGCCAUGUUGACUUUGCAUGGGAGGUCUCACGUUCCCUGGCUGCGUGUCAAGGAGCACUACUUCUGGUAGACUGUAGUCAAGGUGUUCAGGCUCAAACCAUCUCCGUGUUUCACAAUGCGAAGGACCGUGGCUUGACCAUUAUACCUGUACUAAAUAAGAUUGAUUUACCAGCUGCAGACCCGGAUCGAGUUAUUGCUCAGAUGCAAGCCACGUUCGGUAUAGACCCAGAAGCUGUGAUACCCAUAUCUGCCAAAACCGGCAGAGGCGUGUCUGAAUUGCUGCGGGCCAUUGUAGAACGAAUACCUCCUCCUAUCGGCCUCACAUCGUCUCCAUUUCGAGGAUUUCUCUUCGAUUCGUUCUAUGAUCGAUACCGGGGUGUAAUAUCCCUUCUGAACGUCAAGGAAGGCACCCUUCGCGUAGGGGAUAAGAUAUCUUCCACGUUCACGGGCAAAAGAUAUGAGAUCAUGGAAUUAGGUAUCAUGCAUCCCGAAGAGACAUCAACAUCGGCUCUAUAUCCAGGGCAGGUUGGCUACAUGGCUUGCAAUAUGAAGGAACCAACUGAUGCUCAUGUCGGCGACACUCUUUACCGCGUCGGACAGCCCGUGGACUCCAUCCCAGGAUUUAAGCCGGCGAAGCCCAUGGUUUUCGCUGGUGUGUAUCCCAUUGACUCUGGUGAUUUCCCUAAGCUAGAAGAAUCGAUCAAAAGGCUAACACUUACCGAUCGCAGUGUGUCCGUCCAAAGAGAAUCAUCGUCGGCUCUCGGUCAAGGCUGUAGACUUGGCUUCCUUGGUACACUGCAUAUGGAUGUCUUCCGCCAACGACUGGAAGACGAAUACAACGCAAACGUGAUUAUCACCGCACCAACCGUGCCGUAUAAAGUGGUCUACAAGGACAAAGAAGUGAUCGUCAGCAACCCAACCGAUUUCCCAGAGGUAACGGACACAACAUCCAAAGUCAAGGAGAUACAAGAACCAACUGUCAGCGCGUCAAUUAUCGUCCCAGAACAGUAUUUUGGCGAUAUGAUGGACCUCUGCUUCUCGCACCGAGCGGAAGAUCUGGACCAUCGUUACCUAGACUCCACUGAGGGCUCCGCUCGGAUACUCAUGACUUGCACAAUUCCUCUAAGUGAAAUUGUCACCGACUUCUUCGAUCAAUUGAAAAGUCGUAGCUCAGGAUUCGCUAGCUUCGAUUAUGAAGAAGCCGGCUACAGAAGAAGUGACUUGGCUAAGAUGGUGUUCCUCCUAAAUUCUAAGCCGGUAGAUGCACUAGCUCUCAUCGUUCACCGAUCGGCCCAGGAGUCCGUUGGGAGAGCGUGGGUCAAGAAACUGCAUCGAGUGAUACCUCGCCAGCUAUUCGAGGUACCUAUUCAAGCGGCAAUUGGGAAAAAGGUCAUCGCUCGUGAGACGUUGUCGGCGAUGCGCGCCGACGUAACUGCGGGUCUGUACGGUGGCCACUACGAGCGCAAGAUGAAGCAUUUAGAAAAUCAGAAGGCAAGCAAGAGAAAGAUGAAGCGUAUAGGAACCGUCAAUCUUCCUCAAGAAGCCUUCUUCGAUAUUCUAUCACAAUCUAAGUAA